UCCUUUUCUUCAAGAAAACAAAUUACAUAUCAAACAUGGUCUCUGCUACUAACCUCGGUUUCCCCUACGUCGGUGCUAAGCGUGAACUCAAGAAGCUCGUAGAAUCUUUCUGGUCUGGCAAGAUCUCUGAAGCCGAUCUUAUCUCUGGUGCUCACCAAUUGCAAGAGACUCACUGGAAGGUUCAACAGGAGCAAGGUAUUGAGCAGAUCCCAUCUGGUGACUUCACCUUCUACGAUCGUAUGCUUGAUACUGCCUGCAACUUUGGUAUCGCUCCCCAGCGUUAUCAGCACAUCCAGAACCCCCUUGAGCAAUACUUUGCUAUGGCUCGUGGUCUCCAGAAGGCUGCUACUGCCACCUCCGAGAAGGUCGAUGUCCCUGCUAUGGAGAUGAAGAAGUGGUUCGAUACCAACUACCAUUUCAUCGUCCCUGAGUUCGAGCCUACCCAAAAGUUCGAGCUCAAGACUGCUCGUGUUGUUGAGCAAUUCAAGCGCGCCAAGGCCCUUGGUAUCAACACUCGCCCUGUUGUCGUUGGUCCCGUCUCCUUCUUGCACUUGGGUAAGCCCGCCAAGGGUUUCGAGGAAUUCAACACUCUUGAUUUGCUCCCCAAGGUCCUCCCUGCUUACGUUGAGCUUUUCAAGCAAUUGGAAGCUGCUGGUGCUGAAUGGAUUCAAGUUGAUGAACCUAUCUUGGUUUUGGAUCUUGAGUCCAACGUCAAGCUUGCUUUCGAGAAGGCUUACAAGACUCUUGCUGGUGCCACUCAAGUCAAGACUUUGUUGACCACUUACUUCGGUCGCAUUGAUAACAAUGUUUUCAUUGUCAAGGAUCUCGUUGAUGGUAUCCAUUUGGAUCUUGCUCGCAACCCUGAGCAACUUGAGGCUGUCUUGCCUUUGUUGAACGACAAGCAAAUUUUGUCUCUUGGUCUUGUUGAUGGUCGUAACAUCUGGAAGAACGACUUGAACAAGUCUUUGGAUCUUGCUGAGAAGGCUGUUGCUGCCCUUGGUUCCGAGCGUGUUCUCGUUGCUCCUUCUUGCUCAUUAGCUCACUCUCCCUACUCCACUGCCUUCGAGAAGAAGAUCAAGGCUGAGAACCCUGAGCUCUUCAGCUGGUUGUCUUACUCCGUCGAGAAGUGCGCUGAAGUUGCCACCAUCGCCAAGGCUUUGAAUGGUGGUCGCGCUUCUGUCCAAGCCGAGUUGAAUGCCAACGCUGCUGACCUUGAGAGCCGUCGUACCUCCAAGCAAACCACCAACCCUGCUGUCCGUGAACGUGUUGCUGCUGUUCCUGCUCAGGACUACAAGCGCGCCAACGCUUUCCCCCACCGUCGCGAAGCUCAGGUCAAGAAGCUUAACCUUCCCCUUUACCCUACCACCACCAUCGGUUCUUUCCCUCAGACCAAGGAUAUUCGUGUUGCUCGUCAAAAGUACACCAAGGGUGAACUCUCCCAAGCUGACUAUGAUAUUUUCAUUAAGGAGGAGAUGAAGAGAGUUGUCGAGUUCCAAGAGAAGGUUGGUCUUGAUGUCCUUGUCCACGGUGAACCCGAACGUAACGAUAUGGUUGAGCACUUUGGUCACCUCCUCCACGGUUACGGUUUCACUGAGAACGGUUGGGUUGUUUCCUACGGUUCUCGUUGCGUCAAGCCCCCUGUCAUCUAUGGUGAUGUCUCUCGCCGUUGCCCUAUGACCAUCGAUGAGAUCGUCUACGCUCAAUCCCUCACCAAGAAGCCUAUGAAGGGUAUGUUGACUGGUCCCGUCACCAUGAUGAAGUGGUCUUUCGUUCGUAACGAUAUCCCUGCCAAGGAUCUCUGCACACAAAUUGCUCUUGCUCUUCGUGAUGAAGUUGUCGAUUUGGAAACUGCCGGUAUUCCCUGCAUUCAAGUCGAUGAGCCUGCUAUUCGUGAAGGUCUUCCCCUUCGUCGUCAAGACUGGGAUGCUUACCUUGACUGGUCUGUUGGCUGCUUCCGUUUGUCCACUGCUGGUGUUCGUGAUGAGACUCAAAUCCACACCCACAUGUGCUACUCUGACUUCAACGAUAUCUUCGAUGCUAUCCAGGCUCUUGAUGCUGAUGUUAUUACCAUUGAGAACUCCAAGUCUGAUGAGAAGCUUCUCAAGAUCUUCGAGCGUAAGCAGUACACCAACGAGAUUGGACCUGGUCUCUAUGAUAUCCACUCUCCUCGUGUUCCCUCCGUUGAGGAAAUGAAGACUCGCUUCGCUGAUAUGCUCAAGUACUUGCCCAAGCACCUUCUUUGGGCUAACCCUGACUGUGGUCUCAAGUCCCGUGGCUGGCCCGAGGUUGAGGCUGCCUUGAUCAACAUGGUUGAGGUUGCCAAGCACUUCCGUGAACAGGACAGUGCUUAAGCCUCUUUAUUGAAAUAAUGUCGCCACCCUUUCAACAAGUUGUGUGUGCGAUGUAGGUAAGAGAUUCAACAGCUCGAUUGAAAAAAAAUAAUCGUAAAACAGGCUGCACUUUUC